GCCCCAGUCAGUGCGCUGUUAGCCGCAGGACAACAGAGGAUAGGAUAGGAUACUGGCCGCCGGGGAACUGUCGGCUCCACACUCAUGCCUUGGAAAAGGGGAAGAGUUUGAAAUUGCUGUUAAUGGGGAGAAAUCACAUUUACCUGGAGUUCUAAAAAUGAUAGAAACAAUGGAUACACAGCGUGCCUUGCAGGCGGUGGAGCGUCUCCAGGCCAAACUGAAGGAGCGGGGGGAGGUGCCCACUGAGGAGAAGCUCAGCCUGCUCAAAUCAGUGCUCCAGAGCCCCCUCUUCCACCAGAUCCUGGCCUUGCAGAAGUCCGUCCAGCAAAUCAGAGACCAGGGGAGUGUCCCAGUGUCACGUGCGAGUGACCUUGACGAUCACGUGGCAGCAGUCAAGCCCAAUGGCGGUCAUGUUUCCUACGCAGAAAUAUCAGCUUCUACACUUAUCAAUGGCAAGACAUCAUCUGAAGAAUUCGAACACGUGAUUCACUCCAUGGCGCAGGGGCGAUUCGUGACGCACGUGGACCUGCUGAAGCCAGCGUCAGGAGGCCUGGGGUUCAGCGUGGUGGGCCUGAAGAGCGAGAACCGCGGAGAGCUCGGCAUCUUCAUACAGGAAAUUCAACCGGGAAGUGUGGCUGACUGCGACGGGAAGCUCAGAGAAGCUGACCAGAUCUUAGCCAUCAAUGGCCAGCCCCUGGACAACACAGUGACCCACCAGCAGGCUAUAGCCAUCCUGCAGAGUGCUGCGGAGAGGGUGCAGCUCACGGUGGCAAGAGGUCCGAUACCUCAGCUGGCCAGUCCGGCGGUGUCCCGCACGCCCUCUGCUGCCAGUACACUGUCAGCCAACUCCAGCGCGUGGCAGCACGUGGAGACGAUUGAGCUGGUCAACGAUGGCACUGGUCUUGGCUUUGGUAUUGUGGGAGGAAAGACCACCGGGGUUAUUGUCAAAACCAUCCUUCCUGGAGGCAUAGCUGAUCAGGAUGGACGCCUGCGCAGUGGAGACCACAUCCUGAGAAUAGGAGACACUGACCUGCACGGCAUGGGCAGCGAGCAGGUGGCGCAGGUCCUCAGGCAGUGUGGCAACAGGGUGAAGCUGGUGGUUACUCGGGGUCCCGUGGACGAGAAUCCCUCCCUCUCUGCCGUCAUGCCUGUGGUGCUCCCCACUGUCAACGAGCAGGGCUAUGAGGAAGAGGAGGAUGAGGCAUUUGAUGUGAGCCUUACCAAAAACACACAGGGGCUGGGGAUCACUAUUGCAGGCUAUGUUGGUGAUAAAAAUUCAGAGCCCUCUGGCAUUUUUGUUAAGAGCAUAACAAAAGACAGUGCCGUAGAUCAAGAUGGCCGUAUUCAUGUCGGAGACCAGAUAAUAGCUGUCGAUGGCGUAAACAUCCAGGGAUACACCAAUCAGCAGGCAGUGGAGGUGCUCAGACACACGGGCCAGACAGUCCACCUUAAGCUGAUCCGGCGGGGCUUCAGGCCUGACGAGAUCCCCCCCGCCGUGGCCCCCAGUGUCACCAUCCUGCCCCCCUCCACCACCAUUCCCACCACAACCAUGGUCAUGAUGGAGCUGGAGCUGGAGAGGAAGAAGGCUGAGGAGGCUGCUCAAGUCACCGCAGAUGAAAAGGCGCUGCAGACAAAGAGUGAAGGAUCUGAUGUCAGCCCAGCCACGGAUCAGCUAACAGAAGACAAACAUGGGAUGAAGCUAACAGCCUUUGAAGAGGAGGAACUAAUGAAGAAGUGGCAAGAGAUUCUGGGUCCAACUAAUGAAGUUGUUGUAGCUCAGGUGGAGAAGUUCAGUGAGAGCAGUGGCCUGGGUAUCAGUCUGGAAGCCAACAGUGGGCAUCAUUACAUCCGCUCUGUUCUACCUGAGGGACCUGUCGGUCGCUGUGGAAAGCUGUUCAGUGGAGAUGAACUGCUUGAGGUCAAUGGUAUAUCCCUGAUUGGUGAAACCCACAAGGAAGUAGUCAGAAUCUUGAAGGAGCUUCCACUUUGCGUAUACAUGACAUGCUGUAGGCCGGCCCCUCACCUGCAGACUGACAUGGAUGCUGUCCAGCCAGAAUCUGAGACUUUGUCUACAGUGUCUAAAUUAAAGAAACAAAUAGACCUGAGCAGCGUGUUGGUUGCUGAAGACUCAGAGGUGAACACAGCGGCAGCGACACAGGAUAAUGUGACAGAGGAGGCGAUAGGAUCUCCUUUGGCCAUGUGGGAGCUGGAGAUCCAGAAUAUCGAGCUCGAAAAGGGAGAAGGGGGAUUGGGAUUCAGCAUACUGGACUACCAGGACCCACUGGACCCGGCCAAGACCGUGAUCGUGAUUCGAUCUCUGGUUCCCAACGGUGUGGCCGAGCAGGAUGGCAGACUGUUGCCAGGAGACCGGCUCAUGUAUGUUAACGCCACCAACCUGGAGAACGCCAGCCUGGAGGAUGCCGUCCAGGCCCUGAAGGGAGCCAACCUCGGAAAGGUCCAGAUAGGAGUUGCCAAACCACUGCCUGGAAUAUGUGGAUAUUCCCACUCUCCACACCCAUAUGGUGAGCAGGAGAUUACAUCAUCAUCCACCAUCCAUUCAUUUGACUUCAACAAUAUUUUGGUUGAAGAAGGAGAGGAAGAAGGACUGGCUGAGGGCAUCGUUUACCGAGCAGAGCCUGCAUUGAUCGACACCAGCGAAGCAGACCUGUCUGAUGAGAAGGUGUUAGAUCACACUUACUCUGGGAUAGAGGACGACACUUUCCAGGCAUCCAUGAUUGCUCUUCAUGGCAGCAGCUGUAGCGCAGAUCUGGAUUACUUGCACUCAUCUACACCCAAGCUGACAGCUCGCCUGGACUUGUUGGAUGAGCAUCCCUGUUUUGCAACACUGUCCGGCCUUGCAGACAACACUCGGGUGUUCCCCCCGGAGGAGUCUGCCUUGUUCACUCCUCCGAGUUUAAGAGGUCACGUCCCGACUUUUAAUGCCAUACUGAGCAGCUCUGAUCAGUUCCUGGCACAGCACUCGGCCACAGAAGAAGCAGUGGAGGGCUUGAACUCAUACAGCCCGUUUGCUGAGAUAGGGACCAGAUCGUCUGUCCCAGAUGAACCCGUGGAGUCUCUUCACUAUCAGAAUGAGCCACCCAUGACUUUUGGAGAUAUUGCAGACAUGAAGAUUUUGAUCAAGGAUGAGGAGGCUGGUGUGAAUGAAUCAGCAGAAGACGGUGACAAGGAAGGACUGACCUCGGGGAGCAAUUUUGAAAGGACUAUCACAGUUGUCAAGGGCAACUCCAGCCUUGGGAUGACUGUGAGUGCCAAGAAAGAUGGUUUGGGAAUGCUGAUCCGCAGUAUAAUCCAUGGUGGAUCCAUUAGCCGCGAUGGACGUCUGGGUGUUGGCGAUCUCAUCCUGGCCAUCAAUGGAGAGCCCACAGCCAACCUGACCAAUGCUCAGGCUCGUGCCAUGCUUAGAAGACACUCGCUCAUUGGGCCAGACCUGGGAUCUGCUUGUGCACCUGAGGACGAUCUGUGCCCAUUUUAUGUCAUUACAUAUGUUCCAGCAGAGUAUCUGGAGGAGUACAAGGCCAGCCUAGAGCAGGCUAAAGAUGAUGUCUUCUCUGAAACAGCUCCUGUCACAGUUCCAGAUCCAAAAGACAUUCCUACCCUCCCUGAACGGGAAGAUGGAGAGGGAGAGGAAAGUGCCUCGUACAGCAACUGGAACCAACCUCGGAAAGUGGAGCUCUUCCGAGCGCCAGGCAAGUCCCUGGGUAUCAGUAUUGUCGGGGGCCGAGGGAUGGGCAGCCGGCUGAGCAACGGAGAGGUGAUGAGGGGUAUUUUUAUCAAGCACAUCCUGGAGGACAGUCCAGCUGGACAGAACGGGACUCUGAAGCCUGGAGACAGAAUCGUAGAGGUGGAUGGAGUGGAUCUAAGAGAUGCUAGUCACGAGGAGGCAGUGGAGGCCAUACGCAGGGCAGGCAACCCUGUCUCCUUCUUGGUCCAGAGUAUUAUCCACAGGCCCCGGAGGCCGCCCCUGCCCUUUCCGCAGCUAAAUAGCCAGUGUGAGUUGAGUCUUCGCUGCACUAAUCAGACCUACUUAGCACCUGCCCUCCCUCAGUCAUCAGUAACAGACUCCAGUGAGGACAGAGCUGCAGUUAUGACAAGGGACAGCAAGGACAAGGAGGGUUACAGUCACAGUAGACUUUUCCUCCGCCUCUCCCCAACUAACCCUUUCACUCCUACCCCGUUUAAGCCGGUGAAGCGUGAAGCAGCGAAGGCAUCUCCCACCAGUGCUGUCCUCCCCCUGCCAGUGGUGCCCCAUGUGGGAGAGACUGAUACAGACACGCUGACAGAGAUUCCUGGCAGACCUGCUGAGGCAGAGGAGGAGGUGGAGGAGGAGGAGGUGGAGGAUGAGUUUGGAUACAACUGGAAGAACAUAAUCCAGCGAUAUGGCAGCCUGCCGGGUGUCCUACACAUGAUUGAGCUGGAGAAAGGCAAGACAGGACUGGGCCUCAGCCUGGCGGGGAACAGGGACCGCUCUCGCAUGAGUGUGUUUGUGGUGGGAAUAGACCCCAACGGGGCGGCCAACAGGGACGGACGUAUGGUGGUGGGGGAUGAGCUGCUGGAGAUCAACGGGCAAGUCCUUUACGGCCACAGUCACCAGAAUGCAUCCUCCAUAAUCAAGAGCUCUCCAUCUAAAGUCAAAAUCAUCUUCAUCAGGAACACGGAGGCGCUGAACCAGAUGGCUGUGGGACCUGUGAGAGAACCCGAGGGAGACACAGUGGAGCCCCACGCUGAGAUAGAAACAACUGCUGCUAACGGCGACGCCGAAACAUCAAAAUAUGUGCAUCACAGCAUAAAGCUGAAGGAGGACGGAGGACUUGGCAUCACCUUUGUGGAGGGGAACACUGAGACUGGAGUUGAGAUUCAGAGUAUAUCUGAAGUGAAAGGACACACGGGCAAAGAGUGCUGCAUGAAACCAGGGGACAAACUGUUAGCUGUGAAUGGUGAAUCAGUGCUCGGCUACACUGUGAAAAAGUCAUCCAGCCAAGAUGGGGACUGCUCGGAUGACGCCCUUGCCAGCCUACCUAGCAUGCCUGUUGCUGCCACAGCUACCCUGAGUCAACCAGAGCCGGACGCAGUUGCUGGUCCGAGCCGCUCAUCCACCCCUUCCACUCUGGCUUGUGACCCUGCGACCUGUCCCAUCAUCCCCGGCUGUGAAACUACCAUUGACAUCUCCAAGGGCCGCACGGGCUUGGGGCUCAGCAUCGUGGGAGGCUGUGACACCCUGCUGGGGGCCAUCAUUAUCCAUGAAGUUUAUGAAGAAGGGGCAGCCUCGAAAGAUGGCAGGCUUUGGGCAGGAGACCAAAUCCUAGAGGUGAACGGCAUCGACCUGCGCGCAGCCAGUCAUGACGAAGCCAUCAAUGUGCUGCGGCAGACACCGCAGAGAGUGCGUCUGACGGUCUUCAGGGACGAGACGCAGUACAAGGAGGAAGAUCUGUGGGACUCGUUCACUGUGGAGCUUCACAAGCAGCCUGGCCAGGGCCUGGGCCUGAGCAUCGUAGGGAGGAGGAAUGACACGGGGGUGUUUGUGUCCGACAUUGUGAAAGGAGGUUUGGUUGACACUGAUGGCCGACUCAUGCAGGGCGACCAGAUCCUGUCAGUCAAUGGUGAGGAUGUCAGGUCGACUACACAGGAAGCCAUGGCUGCACUACUCAAGUGCUGCGUGGGGCCUAUAAAAAUGGAAGUAGGGAGGUUUAAGGCAGGCCCCUUCCACUCGGAAAGAAGGCUGUCUCAAAGUAGUCAGAUGAGUGAAUCAGGCAGCACCAAGGUGGCCUCUCAGUCAUGCUUGGACUCUGGGAACCUUCCCAGUGAUCCCGAAAAACGAAGUAGGAGUCCUGAUGCUCCGGAGCAGCAGGACACCAGAACAGUUGAGUUCACGAAAGGUCCCAAUGAUUCUUUGGGGAUCAGUAUAGCAGGGGGUGUGGGCAGCCCUUUGGGUGAUAUCCCCAUCUUUAUCGCCAUGAUGAAUCCUGUCGGCCUGGCCGCUCAGACCCAGAAGCUCAAGAUCGGGGACCGCAUUGUCAGUAUCUGUGGGACCUCUGCUGAAGGCAUGACCCACUCACAGGCUGUCACUCUGCUCAAGAACGCCACAGGCACAAUACAGCUGCAGGUGGUAGCGGGCGGCGACACCACCGUGACGGGUCCCUCUCAGGAGCAGGCAGCUGCAAGUCUGACACCCAGCUGCAUCUUCCAGGAUGACCUCGGCCCACCUCAGUAUAAGACCAUAAAUCUUGAAAGAGGACCAGACGGACUGGGUUUCAGUAUAGUCGGAGGGUAUGGCAGCCCCCAUGGAGACUUGCCCAUCUAUGUUAAAACUGUUUUUGGAAAGGGAGCAGCAGCAGAGGACGGACGCCUGAAGCGAGGGGACCAGAUAAUGGCGGUUAACGGGCAGACCCUGGAGGGCGUCACUCAUGAAGAAGCUGUCGGCAUCCUGAAGAGGACCAAAGGAACUGUCACGCUCACUGUGCUUUCAUAGACUCACAAUUGCACAAAUUUAUCUUCACUACUUUUCCAAAACUUCUUAUCACACCCAAAGUUAAUCCACUUCUAUAACGACAAACUUUAAAAUAGCAACACACCUCGCAGGUGUGAUGUCGUGUCUAGCGGUAGAAGUCGAACCUGCAAUAUUUCGCAACUGGAAGAUUGUGUGAAAGUCAGCAGAUGUUCAUCUGUGAAAAUAUGCACACUGAAAUAGGAACAACUAUUUACUGAUAAUCAUGAAGAAGUUUAUUGCUCAAUGUAACUUUGAACACUGUGAUGCAGUAGAGUCUGCAGUAAGUAGACUCAUGUAUGUCGUGAUAACUAAAGCUAAAAGAGCUUUUCACUGUCACCUCAAUUGCUCUCAAAAUAAUAUGUAGAGUAGAAAUGAAGUAUGAAUUUAUAGUUUGCCAUACAGUUUUAAUUUGUUGUUACAUGAAUCUCCAAGAGGUUGUAAAUAGAAGGAUAGUAUGAUGUGUUCACUCCAAAUGUUAAGCAAGUUUUUCGUGCAGCGACAUCACAUACAAACUUAAUGCAGAAACAUGAAUAGACAGGAGUUUGUGCUGGGCAACGCAAAUGACGUGAUGAGAACAUGCAAAAUUUGGGUAUUUGCACAAGCUGAAAUUUUUAAACUUACACAAGAAAUUUGCAUGAUGCAAUGAUGCAAAAGCCUACUAGGGGUGAGAUCUUGUUGAAAUUUUCCUGACAUGAAAUGGAGAACAAACUUAGUGUUGCCGUCUGUUGGCACCCACUCUACCACUCAAUGUCAGGACCUUACAGAGACAGAAAAGAGCUUGAAGAUAAAGUGGGAUUUAUACUUGUGUGUCAGCUCUAUGCAGAGCUUAUGCCAUUGUAAGCAUUUAUACUUUCUAUGAUGUGCUGUAAAGUUUAGUUGAUUCAAAACACACAUUAAACAUGGCUUAGUAGAGACAAUUUCAAACACAAGUAC